CUACUCUAGAGCUCUAUAGAUAGAAAACCAAGAAUGAAAAAGAACAACAAAAGAAAAGAAAAGAACGAAUGAUCUCCAUCAUUCAAUCCCAUGUGCCCAUUCUCUCUUCUCUUCUCUUCAACCCCCACACCCCCAUCUCCUCCAUCAAUUUCCACACACAAUCCCCUUAACUUCUCCUCCUUUCUUCAAUUGUAACGACAUUCACUUUUUAGUGUUUUGAAAUUUUGCAUCACCAAAACAUCCUUGAAGCUCACAACUUUCAUGCACAUAUACCCAUGUUGCAAGAAAAAAUAAACACAUAUUUCUUUAAUUCCUGUACAAAAUACAUAUACAUGGAAAGAAUCUUAUUCACUUUUCUUUAUCUGAGAUGAGAGCAUAAAGACUCAAACUUUCCCUCUGAUUCUGAUCCAAUAAAGGGUUCUCUUUUGACUUGAAAAACUCACCUCCCAAGAUUUGUAGAGAGAGAAAUUUUGGUUUUUGUUUAGAGAGAAAGUGGGUUUUUGUUAAUAUUUAUUAUUAUGUGGAGAUAAUUUGAUCGAGAAAGAGAGAAAUGUUGGAAAUGGAGAGGGAGUUUGAUUCAAAGUUAAGAAUUCAAAGCGGCGAUCAUCCUUCUUCGUCAUCUAAUAACAAUAAUGGGAGUGUGCAGAGAUCUAAAAGCUUUGCAUUCAGAGCACCUCAAGAGAAUUUCACUAUUCAUGAUUUUGAGCUUGGCAAGAUCUAUGGUGUUGGGUCUUAUUCAAAGGUAGUGAGAGCAAAGAAGAAGGAUACAGGAACAGUAUAUGCCUUGAAGAUCAUGGACAAAAAAUUCAUCACCAAAGAAAAUAAAACAGCUUAUGUUAAGCUAGAACGCAUUGUGCUUGAUCAAUUGGACCAUCCUGGAAUUGUGCGGCUCUUUUUUACAUUUCAGGACAAUUAUUCUCUGUAUAUGGCACUUGAAUCCUGUGAAGGCGGAGAACUUUUUGACCAAAUAACUAGAAAAGGCCGUUUAUCGGAGGAUGAAGCUUGCUUUUAUGCUGCAGAAGUUGUUGAUGCUCUUGAAUACAUACAUAGCAUGGGAUUAAUACAUCGAGAUAUAAAGCCAGAGAAUUUGCUACUUACUGCAGAAGGACACAUUAAAAUUGCUGAUUUUGGGAGUGUGAAGCCCAUGCAAGAUAGUUGCAUUACUGUCCUUCCAAAUGCGGCUUCAGACGAUAAGGCUUGCACAUUUGUGGGAACAGCGGCAUAUGUCCCUCCAGAAGUCCUUAACUCUUCUCCUGCAACUUUUGGAAAUGACCUCUGGGCACUUGGCUGCACUUUGUACCAGAUGCUUUCAGGGACUUCUCCUUUCAAAGAUGCAAGUGAAUGGCUUAUAUUUCAAAGAAUUAUUGCCCGGGAUAUAAGGUUUCCUGAUUAUUUUUCAGGAGAAGCAAGAGACCUCAUCGACCACUUAUUAGAUAUAGAUCCCAGCAGAAGACCUGGUGCUGGACGUGGUGGGUAUGCUGAGCUCAAGAACCAUCCUUUCUUUGAGGGAGUUGACUGGAAGAAUUUAAGAGGAGAAACCCCUCCUAAACUUGUUUCGGAGCCAAUGGUGCAAUCAGGUGACAGUGACCAUGACUCUGGGUCUCCAUAUAACCCUACACGUGCUGGAGACAGUUCUUUGACACAAAAUGAUGGAAAUGCUGGAGUCUCAUCAUCUGCUGAAGCAACUGCUCACAUAACUAGACUUGCUUCAAUAGACUCCUUUGAUUCCAAAUGGCAACAGUUUUUGGAUCCAGGGGAAUCUGUUCUUAUGAUCGCAAUGGUGAAGAAAUUACAGAAACUGACGAGCAAGAAGGUGCAGCUUAUCCUUACCAACAAGCCAAAGUUGAUUUACGUGGACCCUUCAAAGUUAGUGGUGAAGGGAAAUAUAAUUUGGUCUGACAAUUCUGAUGACCUGAGCGUCCAAGUUACAAGUCCUUCACAUUUCAAGAUCUGUACGGGGAUUAUUCACCAGCUUAUAUCCCUUCAUUCCCCCCACCCUUCACCCCUCUGCAUUUUCCCAUCAUUUUCUGACGUAGUUAUGUGCUCAUUCAGCCGAAGAAGGUAAGGUCAUUUGAAGACGCGAAGCAGAGAGCAUGGCAGUGGAAAAAGGCAAUCGAGAGUCUUCAAAACCAGUGAAAAUCUGUUUGUGGAUGUGACAAACAUUCUUUGUUGUUUUGAUAUAGCAGAGGAACUUCGGGAUUCUUAAAACAGUCGACACCAUAACGAUUAUUUAUUAUGUGGAAGAGAUUCGAGUAACAAGUUUGGCUUCUUCAAGGUGCAAAGCUGCCCCAUCAAGCUCUCCUCAUCUCACUUGCUUAGAACUAGCUUUGCAAUGGGGGCUUUUCUGUGUUUUAUGCUUUUAAUGGAAGAAAUGUACAACGCAAGUCUUGAUUGCUGGGUUUGUAGGGGAGGGCUACGGUUCACGACUUACUUACUGGAUUUUAAGUUCCAAGCCACUAAUGAGAAGUAUGAGAUUUUUACAGGUGAAAA